GUUCAGCUUUCCCCAGGAGAGACAGCGACUGCACAGGAUAUAGCUGUUGACUUCGCUGGCCAUGAUGAAGUCGAUCCAGCUUUGCAUCCUACUCUGGUGCUUGAGAGCAGUCUGCUGCCAUAGCUGUGAACUGACCAACAUCACCAUCUCAGUAGAGAAAGAAGAGUGCCGUUUCUGCAUAAGCAUCAAUACCACUUGGUGUGAGGGCUACUGCUACACCAGGGAUCUGGUGUAUAAGGACCCAGCUAGACCAAACACCCAGAAAGUAUGUACCUUCAAGGAGCUGGUGUACGAGACCAUAAGAUUGCCUGGCUGUGCCCGCCACUCAGACUCCCUCUACACAUAUCCAGUAGCCACUGAAUGCCACUGUGGCAAGUGUGAUAGCGACAGCACCGACUGCACUGUAAGAGGCCUGGGACCCAGCUACUGCUCCUUCGGUGAAAUGAAAGAAUAAGGAACAAUGGACAUUGCCAUUCACCCACCCUUGUCUUGAAGGACCAUGAUAUCCAAAAUGUCUGGGUCUGCUCUGCACUGGGGCUGUAAACCACUGCCUUAGGGACCAUCGGCUCCACUAUUGUCCACUGUACUGACAGGUAGUGAGGAGGAGCUCAGGACUGGGAGUGCCAGGGCCAGGACUCUAUACCACUCAUCCCUCCCUCCAUCCACACUGUUGAUUAUCUAAGUCAUUCACUCUCAACUCACAGCUUGGGGGGUUGGAGGCUUUAAUUUUCAGCAAUCUUAGGAACCUUCUAGAGCAACCCUUUCCUUUAGACAAAGGGAUGCAUGAGUCCAGAGGGAGGAAAGGAGAGUGGAAAUCUGUGAAAGAACUAAACCUAGCAUAACCAUCUGCUUUUCAGAGCCAUCAGACUUUUAAAGACUCCAGCAUGAUUGCAAGCGAAAGGUCUAAAGUCUGCAUGGAAUUCAAUGAGAAACUCAAUGGUUUCCUUAAGGAAAAGAAAGGCAAGUCUUGCCAUAUAUGCCAGGAAAUGCUGACGCAGCUGGCUGAGGAAAACUGUCCUCCACAAGGUUAGGGUACUCAACUCUUCCAAAGCAUGUGGAGUAUGGAGACAGGGUUGAACACUUAUGGAUUGUUCCAUGCAGAUGAAGACAGGAGGAAGUAACCAAGCUCAGAAUUUCCAAGGUAUUGCCACCAAGUUCUUUAGUUAAAGGAAAAGAAAAAAAUUAAUUUGGAACUGUGAAUAUAGUCUACAUUUAUUCAUUACUUUAAGAAAUGAUCAAAUGCUGCUAGGAUUCUGCAAAACUCCCUUGGAAUCAAAGAAAACAACAGUGAAAGUGUUUGAUAGGUGAUCUAACCAGCUUUCUCUCCCAUGCAGUGAGAGAAGGGUUUGAAGUGGGUUUCAAAGAAGUUUCAGUGAUUAAUUAAAUACAUUUAGCUUGCCUACAAAUACACCUGUAUAAAUUAAUGGUUAUAUAAAAUUAACUGUGAGGGAAAACUGCUGUUUUCUAGGACCCCCUACUUCUUUUUUACCUAGCCACAUUCUCCUGAAUCUUUUGUUCCUUUCAAAUACAUCAUGAGUCGAAUUCUUUUAAAGCUGUUAACUCUUUUCAUCAUGUACCUAUUUCACAGUUAUGAUGCUUGAUUAAUUUAUUUAAAUCUUAUUUUUUAAUAAAAGUGCUACUGAUGAAA